CCCCUCUCUUUGCAUUGGCCUCCGCGCGGGGUCUCCGGCGCCAGGACCUCUAUAUAAGCCCGCGGUGACCCAGCGCGCUGCCCUUCUCGCAAGCUGCAAGGUUUGCGCGCACCCAGAAAGGAGCAAAAGGCAGCGAGAGUGCUCCCGAAGAUGCCCGGCAGCCAGUCCAGGCGGCUGCUUCUCGUGCUGCUGAGCCUCUGCUUGGGGGCCGGAGUCCAGGGCGCCAAGGUCCCGGCGGAGAAGACCCGGAGGCAAGCCCAGCAAAUCGUCCAGCCCCCGGUGCCGGCCGGCCAGAGCAAACCUGGCUGCUAUGAUAAUGGGCAGCACUAUCAGAUAAACCAGCAAUGGGAGCGCAUUUACCUGGGGAACACUCUGGUCUGUACCUGUUAUGGAGGGAGCAGAGGGUUCAACUGCGAAAGCAAGCCUGAGGCGGAAGAAACCUGCUUUGACAAAUACACUGGAGCUACAUAUCGAGUCGGGGAGACUUACGAACGACCGAAGGACUCCAUGAUCUGGGACUGUACUUGCAUUGGGGCCGGCCGUGGUAGAAUCAGCUGCACUAUUGCAAAUCGCUGUCAUGAAGGAGGUCAGUCUUACAAGAUUGGGGAUACCUGGAGACGGCCUCAUGAGACAGGUGGCUACAUGUUGGAAUGCGUGUGUCUUGGCAACGGGAAGGGUGAAUGGACUUGCAAACCAGUUGCGGAGCGGUGCUACGACAAUGCUGCUGGGACUUCCUAUGUUGUUGGAGAGAUCUGGGAGAAGCCCUACCAGGGAUGGAUGAUGGUGGAUUGUACUUGCUUAGGAGAAGGCAGUGGACGCAUUACCUGCACUUCCAGAAACAGGUGCAAUGAUCAGGACACCAGAACAUCUUACAGAAUUGGAGAUACCUGGAGUAAGAAAGACAACAGAGGGAAUCUGCUUCAAUGCAUCUGCACAGGGAAUGGAAGAGGGGAAUGGAAAUGCGAGAGGCAUUCAUCUCUCCAGACCACAGGCAUAGGAACUGCAUCUGCUACCCUCACAGAUGUGCAAACGGCGCUCUACCAACCUCAGUCCCAGCCUACUCCAUAUGGGCACUGCAUGACUGACAAUGGCAUGGUGUACUCUUGGGGAAUGCGAUGGCUGAAGACACAGGGGAGCCAGCAUAUGCUGUGUACUUGUCAGGGCAAUGGAGUCAGCUGCCAGGAAACAGCUGUGACCCAAACCUACGGGGGCAAUGCCAACGGGGAGCCUUGUGUCUUACCAUUCACCUAUAAUGGGAGGACGUUCUACUCCUGCACUUCUGAAGGCCGAACUGAUGGGACUCUCUGGUGCAGCACAACCUCAGACUUUGAUCAGGACAAGAAAUACUCUUUCUGCACAGAACAAAAUGUCCUGGUUCAGACACGUGGUGGCAACUCCAAUGGUGCCCUAUGCCACUUCCCUUUCCUCUACAACAACCAGAAUUACACUGAUUGCACUUCGGAGGGACGGAGAGACAGUAUGAAGUGGUGUGGAACCACCCCAAACUAUGAUGCUGAUCAAAAAUUUGGAUUUUGUCCCAUGGCAGCUCAUGAGGAAAUCUGUACCACCAAUGAAGGAGUCAUGUACCGUGUUGGAGACCAGUGGGACAAACAGCAUGACAUGGGCCAUAUGAUGAGGUGCACUUGUAUGGGAAACGGGCGUGGAGAGUGGACCUGCAUUGCUUAUUCUCAGCUUAGAGGUAUUUGUCCAUUUCUGCCUGUAUGCUCAACUAAAAGAUGCAUAGAUGUAGCUGUAAGUAGACUAAUGGGGAAAAAUUAUAUUUUAGGUUCUACCGGCCCUGUUCAAGUUAUUAUCACAGAUGUCCCAAUUCAUCCUGAUUCUCAUCCUGUCCAGUGGGUUGCACCUGAAUCCUCUCACAUUUCCAAGUACAUCCUCCGAUGGAAACCAAAAAAUUCCAGAGUGAAGUGGAAAGAGGCCACCAUCCCAGGCUAUUAUAAUUCUUACACUAUCUCAGGCCUGAAACCUGGUAUCGUCUAUGAGGGGCAGCUUAUUAGUGUCCAGCACUAUGGCCAGAGAGAAGUCACCCGCUUUGAAUUCACCACCUCUAGCACCACAGCUAUUUCAAGUACUCAUGUGAUGGGAGAAACGACAGCCCUUCCUUCUGUGGUUUCUAUCUCAGAAUCCAUCACAGAAAUUACAGCCAAUAGUUUUGUGGUUUCCUGGGUUUCUGCUUCAGACACUAUCUCAGGAUUCCGUGUGGAAUAUGUACUGAGUGAAGAUGGGGAUGAGCCAAAGUACUUGGAUCUUCCAAGCACAGUCAAUUCGGUUAGUAUCUCCGACUUGCUUCCGGGUCGCAAUUACGUCGUCAAGGUCUAUGAGCUCUCAGAAGAGGGAGAGCAGGAUUUAAUUCUGUCUACCACACAGACAACAGCACCUGAUGCCCCUCCAGAACACCAUGUAGAAAAGGUUGAUGACACUUCAAUUGUUGUGAGCUGGAACAGACCAGAAGCUCCAAUCACAGGUUACCGAAUUGUCUAUACUCCAUCCGUGGAAGGCAGCAGUACAGAACUCAACCUACCAGAGUCUGCUACCUCGGUGACGCUCAGUGACUUGAUGCCUGGUGUCCAAUACAAUAUUAGCAUUUAUGCCGUGGAAGAGAAUCAGGAGAGCUCUCCUAUUUUCAUCCAGAAGACGACCACAGGAGCACCACAGGAAGGUGUGAUUCCUUCACCCAAGGAAUUGCAGUUUGUGGAAGUCACAGAUGUCAAAAUCACCAUCAUGUGGACCCCCCCUGAAAGUGCUGUGACCGGCUAUCGCGUAGAAGCGAUCCCAGUUAACCGCCCUGGUGAACAUGGUCAGAGGCUGCCCGUUACUAGGUAUUCGUUUGCUGAGGUCACAGAGCUUUUGCCUGGAACAACCUAUGUUUUCAAGGUCUAUGCCCUAGGGCAGGGCACAGAAAGUGAGCCACUGACUGGAGAACAAACAACCAGACUGGAUGGCCCAACUAACCUGCGUUUUGUCAAUGAGACGGACUCUACUGUGCUGGUGACGUGGAGGCCCCCUCGUAGCCGCAUUGCAGGAUACCGGCUGACUGUGAGCCUCACAACAGGAGGGCAACCCAAAGAGUUCACCGUGGGGCCAUCAGUCACCAGAUACCAGCUGAGGAACUUGCAGCCUGCCUCUGAGUACAGUGUGUCCCUAGUGGCUAUCAAAGGAGACCAGCAAAGCAACCCAGAAACAGGAAUCUUCACAACUUUACAGCCCUCAGGCGCCCUUCCUCACUAUACCACUGAAGUGACAGAAACAUCUAUUGUUAUUACCUGGACACCAGCUCCAAGAAUUGGGUUUAAGUUGGGUGUGCGACCAAGCCAAGGCGGAGAAGCUCCAAGGGAGGUCAUCUCUGAGUCUGGGAGCAUUGUUAUCUCGGGUCUGACUCCUGGUGUGCAAUACGACUACACCAUCACAGUACUCAUGGAUGGCCAAGAGAGGAUCACACCCAUCACCAAGACAGUAGUUACACCUCUGUCGCCACCAACCAACUUGGAACUUGAUUCCAACCCCAAAACUGGAAUCCUCACUGUCUCAUGGGAAAGAAGCGCAUCUCCAGAUGUAACUGGAUACAGAAUUACUACUGUCCCUACAAAUGGACAACAAGGUUUCACUCUAGAGGAAGAAGUUGAUGCUGAGCAGACAUCCUGCGUCUUUGAAAAUCUGAGUCCCGGAGUGGAAUACAAUGUCAGUGUUUACACAGUCAAAGAUGACCAGGAGAGCUCGCCCGUCUUUGAAACCAUCACACAAGAGGUGCCCCACCUCACUGACUUAAGCUUUGUCGACGUAACUGAUACAAGCAUCGGCCUGAGGUGGACCCCACUCAAUGCCUCCACCAUUAUUGGCUACCGCAUCACAGUAGCUGCAGCAGGAGAAAGUGUCCCCAUUUCUGAAGAUUUUGUGGACUCUUCAGAGGGACACUAUACGGUCACAGGCUUGGAGCCGGGCAUUGAUUAUGAGAUCAGCGUAAUCACACUCAUUAAUGGCGGAGAGAGUGCCCCUGCUACGCUGACUCAGCAAACUGCUGUCCCUCCUCCCACUGAUCUGCGUUUUACCAAUGUGGGCCCUGACACUAUAAGAGUAACUUGGACUCCACCAUCAUCCAUUGAACUGACCAACUUCCUCGUUCGUUUCUCACCUGUGAAGAAAGAAGAGGAUGUUGCAGAGCUGUCUAUCUCACCAUCUGACAAUGCAGUGGUUUUAACAAAUCUUCUCCCUGGCACCGUGUAUUUGAUCAGGGUUUACAGUGUAUAUGAACAACGUGAGAGUAAACCUCUGAGUGGAGAGCAGAAAACAGGCCUUGAUUCCCCAACUGGGCUUGAUUUCUCAGAAAUAACAGCCCAUUCUUUCACCGUCCAUUGGAUUGCUCCUCGUGCCACCAUCACUGGCUACAAAAUACGCCAUUCCCUCGAGCAAGGGGGAAGCAGACCCAAAGAAGUCCGCAUUGCUCCAUCUCGCAAUUCCAUCACCCUCACUGACCUGGUUCCAGGGUCUGAGUAUGUGGUGAGCAUUUCUGCAUUCAAUGGCAAAGAGGAGAGCUUGCCUUUGAUUGGACAGCAAAGCACCGUUUCUGACGUUCCCAGAGAUCUGCACGUCACUCCCACUGGCCCCACCAGCCUGGUCAUCACCUGGGAGGCUCCUGCCGUUACCGUCAGAUACUACAGGAUCACAUAUGGCGAAACAGGUGGCAGUGGGCCUGUUCAAGAGUUCACUGUACCUGGACAUGUGUCCACUGCAACGAUCCCUGGACUUAAGCCUGGAACAGACUACACCAUCACUGUGUAUGCAGUCACUGGACGUGGAGACAGUCCUGCCAGCAGCAAACCAGUCACUGUCGACUACAGAAUAGAGAUUGAUACACCAUCCCAGCUACAAGUGACUGAUAUUCAGGACAGCAGCAUAACUGUGCGAUGGCAGCCUUCUUCUUCCCCAGUUACCGGUUACAGAGUGACAGCUGUUCCCAAAGAUAACCAUGGUCCCACAAAAACCAGAGUUCUCUCUGCAGAUCAAACUGAAGUUACAAUUGAUGGAUUGCAACCUACAAUUGAGUAUGUAGUUAGUGUCUACGCCCAAGGUCAAAAUGGAGAAAGCCAGCCUCUGGUUGAGACAGCUGUUACAAACAUUGAUCGCCCUAAAGGACUGACAUUCACUGAGGUGGAUGUCGAUUCCAUCAAAAUUGCUUGGGAAAGCCCACAGGGGCAAGUCACCAGGUACAGGGUGACCUACUCAACCCCUGAGGAUGGAAUCCGUGAGCUAUUCCCUGCUCCAGAUGGCGAAGACGACACUGCAGAGCUGCAUGGCCUCAGGCCUGGUUCUGAGUACACUGUCCGCAUCGUUGCCUUGCACAAUGGCUUGGAGAGCCUACCUCUGAUUGGGACCCAGUCCACAGCAAUCCCACCUCCUAUGAACCUGAAGUUUAUUCAGGUUGCCCCAACCAGCGUGACAGUCACCUGGACUGCACCUAAUGUUCAACUUACUGGAUACCGAAUCCGAGUGACUCCCAAGGAUAAGAACGGGCCAAUGAAGGAAAUUAACCUCUCUCCAGAUAGCACAUCGGCUGUUGUCUCAGGACUCAUGGUGGCAACCAAAUAUGAAGUCAGCAUCUAUGCUCUGAAGGACUCUCUGACCAGCAGACCUGCCCAGGGUGUAGUCACUACCCUAGAGAAUGUCAGCCCUCCCCGCAGGGCACGUGUCACAGAUGUCACAGAGAGGACCAUCACAAUCGUCUGGCGUACCAAGACCGAGACAAUCACUGGUUUCCAUAUUGAUGCUGUCCCAGCAAGUGGUCAAAAUCCUGUUCAACGAACAAUUGGCCCCGAUUUUAGAACCUACACUAUCACUGGCUUGCAGCCCGGCACUGACUACAAGAUUUACAUCUACACCCUGAACGGCAAUGCUCGCAGUUCCCCAGUAGUGAUUGAUGCGUCCACUGCCAUUGACGCCCCCUCCAACCUCCGCUUCCUUACAACCACAAGCAACUCCCUGCUGCUCACUUGGCAGCCACCCCGGGCCAAGAUCACAGGAUACAUCAUCAAAUACGAGCAGGUUGGGGGGCAGCCUAGGGAAGUGCUUCCUCGUCCCCGCCCUGGCACUACGGAGGCCACUAUUACAGGUCUGGAGCCAGGAACAGAAUAUGUCAUCUAUAUAUUUGCUGUGAAGAAUAAUCAGAAGAGUGAACCAUUGAUUGGAAGGACAAAAACAGAUGAGCUUCCCCAGCUAGUAACGCUGCCACACUCUGGCCAAGGUGUGUCAGAGAACCUGGAUGUGCCCAGCGCUGGGGAAAACACGCCUUAUCUCACCAACAACCCGCAUGAUAAUGGAAAUGGUAUCCAACUUCCAGGGACUUCUGGUCAGCAGACUAUAUUGAGCAAGCCAGGCCAACAAGUCAUUGUGGAAGUAUAUGGGUCUCGGACCCCUACAACUGCCACCACCCCAGUGGGGCGUAGGCCACAUGUACAGCCUGGAGACCUACCAGACGUGGAUGAACAUCCUUAUUAUCCCCACAACCUUCUGCCCAAGAAUAAUCACACGAGGCCCCAGGAAGCAGUUUCUCAGACAACCAUUUCUUGGACGCCCUAUUCAGAGAGCACUGAAUACAUUAUCUCUUGUCAACCUGUUGGUGCUGAGGAAGAACCUGUAGAGCUCAGAGUUCCUGGCACAUCAUCAAGUGCUACGCUUACCGGUCUUACUAGAGGUGCCACCUACAACAUCAUAGUGGAGGCAAUUAAAAAUAGGAAAAGACACAAAGUCCUUGAAGAGGUGGUCACAGUGGGCAAUGUCGUUUCUGGAACAUCAAACCAACCAACAGAUGACUCAUGUUAUGAUACCUUCACUGGCUCCUUCUACUCUGUUGGGGAGGAAUGGGAAAGAAUGUCUGAAACUGGAUUUAAACUCUGGUGCCAGUGUUUAGGCCUUGGCAGUGGGCACUUCAGAUGUGACUCUUCAAAGUGGUGUCAUGACAAUGCUGUGAACUAUAAGAUUGGUGAGAAGUGGGACCGGCAAGGAGAGAAUGGACAAAUGAUGAGCUGCACUUGCCUUGGGAACGGAAAGGGAGAAUUCAAAUGUGAACCUCAUGAAGCAACUUGCUAUGAUGAGGGCAAAAUGUACCAUGUAGGAGAGCAAUGGCAGAAGGAAUAUCUUGGGGCUAUCUGCUCCUGUACUUGCUAUGGAGGACAGCAGGGCUGGCGUUGUGACAAUUGUCGUAGGCCAGGUGCUGCGCUCUCACCUGAAGGUUCUCCUGGUCACACCUAUUCACAGUACUCACAGAGACAGCAACAAACUUCAAAUACUAAUGUUCAUUGCCCCAUUGAGUGCUUCUACCCUUUGCAUCUACAAGCAGAGACACAAAAUCGACGAGGAGACUAACACCAGCCAAGGAAAGUCUUUCUUGCCAAGACCAUCCACUCUAGAAUGCUGCUAGAGGAAAGCAGGUCUGCUUAGGGUGGCCAGAGUGCCUUUCUCGGCUUUUGCUCAACUCACAGCUUCUCCAAGGGAGGCCACUCUUGGAGCGUCUCAAGACUUCUUUUCACAAAGGAUAGUUGUAUACUGUCUUGUCUUUUGCUCAGUGUUUCAAUACCAUUCAGUAUUUUCCCUGAAGACGACUCAUACUAACUCAUAAUUUGCUCAGCAACCAGUAUCCAUAAGGGAUUAAGGGGAGGGGCUCUCCUGUCAUAGGAAAUGAAUGAAAAUCCAAAGUUCUAUGUUCAUCUAAUUGUGCAGCUACCAAUAGGGACUGCAAACCCCAUCACUGUGAUAUUUAAAAAUAUGCACAGUCCUAAUCUUUCUAAAUUAUCCUAAUUUCUUUCCCUAGCGGUAUGUUUGUAUCUCGUACUGUUAUUUAUCAACAUUGUUCUUCCUUUCCCUGCUCCCUCCCCUACCCAUCGGUGUUUUUUUAACAGGAAAAUAUAUUAAAGACACUUAGUACACCAUUGACAGAGGAAUUUGGUAUAAUUAUGAUCAGUGAUUAUUUUUUAUACUGUAAGUGCCAAAGCUUUAACUACUGUGGGAGACAACUCUUUUAAUAAAAAGAUUUACAAUCCA